GCAGUAUCCUCCCACGCGCCGACAAGAACGUUGACGUUCAGGCGCAUGCGUUCACCGGAUUAGUGUGAAGGCAAGGCACAAAAGUGGCGCUAUAUCGUUUCAAGCCUUUACUCCGGUGGUAGCGUAAGAGAUGGAUGGGGAGUCGGAGCCCAGGCCCUCUCUGGAGGAGGAGCCCAUGGAGGCCACCCCCUUCUCAGAGCAGACCACACCCCUUGAUGGAGCCCAGGAAACGGUUGCCACAGCAACAGGGGAAACCCCCCGGGCCGUGUCGGACAACGACGACGACGUUGUGCUGGUGGAGGAGGCCCCCACCUCUCCUGUGGCCACGCCCACGCCAUCUGACGCCCCCGUCCUCGUAAUCGCAGACUCCACUCAACCCGCUGCCACGAGAACGGAUACCAUGGAAACCACCACAGCGACAGCGGCUUCACCCAGCCCCUCUAAUGCAGCCCCCAAGGCCCCCACAGAGCCCAUUGUCAUCGAUGACGAGGAAGACCCUGGGCACAGAGACUCGUCUGCCUCAGUAGAGCCCACCCCGGCAGGCCUGGCGGAGGGAGGUACUGCAGGCCUCCUCAGCAGCACGGAGCCAGACUCUGAGAUCAAGAUCGCCAGCGUCACCACGCUGGGGCCCACCCCCGCCGAGGGAAGCGUAACCACGGCGCCGGCCCCCGAGGCAGAGGGGGACAUGAACCUGAGGAUCACCAGCGUGACGUCGCUGCAGGCUGCGGGGGAAGGGCUGGAGAACGGCCUGCAGAUAAGCAGCACCUUCAGCCUGAGCACCGAGGGAGCCGGGGCACGCAGUCCUGCCUCCUUCAACCCCGGCCGCGCUGGCACUGCCAACCAGCCCGUACAGAACGGAGAGACCGGAACGCACCAGAGACCUGAUUCCUGGAUCUCCCAGUCCGCCACGUUUCCACGGAACCAAAAACAGACGGGUGUGGACUCCGCCUCCCCGGCCGCCUCGCUGCCUAAGCCCCCCGGCCCCGCCCCCUCGGGCUCACAGCCCCGCGUCGUCAAGGUAACCUGCGCCAACUGCAAGAAGCCUCUGAGGAAAGGCCAGACGGCCUACCAGCGCAAAGGCUCCACACACCUGUUCUGCUCCACCACCUGCCUCUCCGCCUUCUCACACAAGCCCGCCCCCAAGAAGAGCUGCACCAUGUGCAAGAAAGACAUCACCACCAUGAAGGGCACCAUCGUGGCCCAGGUGGACUCCAGUGAGUCCUUCCAGGAGUUCUGCAGUACUGGUUGCCUGGGGGCCUACGAGAACAAGCAGAACCCACCCAAGUCUGCCAUCAAAACAAAGUGCACCGUCUGUAGCAAGCUUACUGAGAUCCGUCACGAGGUGAGCUUCAAGAACGUCACGCACAAGAUCUGCAGCGACUCCUGCUUCAACCGCUACCGCAUGGCCAACGGGCUCAUCAUGAACUGCUGCGAGCAGUGUGGCGAUUACCUGCCCAGCCGCGCUUCCGCAAACCACUUCCUGCUGGUCGACGGACAGAGCAAACGCUUCUGCUGCCAAAACUGUGUCAAGGACUUCAAGCAGGCUCACAGUAAGCUGGCCAGCUGUAGCAGCUGUAAGACCAUCAUCAAGACCGGGGAGGUGACCCAGGGGCUGGGCCCCAGUGGCUCCAUGGAGACCUACUGCUCCUCUGCCUGCAUGAACAAGUCCAAGGUGGCCCCUGUCACCACCAUCCUCAGUGAGUCUGCAGCUGGGGUCCCACUCAGCACCCACCUCAGUGGAAAUGACUCGGAGCCCACGUGUCACUUCUGUAAGAGGAGCUCGUUGCCCCAGUACCAGGCCACGCUGCCAGAGGGGAACGUCCUCAGCUUCUGCAGCUCUCAAUGUGUCACCAAGUUCCAGAAUGCAACCAUUCAGACGAGCACUAACGGACAGGCCCUCCUCUCGACCACCAACAGCAUCCAGCUCAAGUGUAACUACUGUCGUGGGUCCUUUAGCCUGAAGCCAGAGACCCUGGAGUGGGAGGACAAGGUGUACCAGUUCUGCAGCAAGGUGUGCUGUGAGGACUACAAGAAGCUGCACUGCAUCGUCACCUUCUGCCACCACUGCCAGGAGGAGAAGACCCUGCACGAAACGGUCCAGUUCUCCGGGGUCAAAAGACCCUUCUGCAGCGAGGGCUGCAAGCUGCUGUUCAAGCAGGAGUUCACCAAGCGUCUGGGGCUGAAGUGUGUGUCCUGUAACCACUGCAGCCAGCUGUGUAAGAGGGGCAUCACACGCACGCUGGGGGGGGUCACCAGGGACCUCUGCAGUGAGGCGUGUGCCAAGAAGUUCCAUGACUGGUACCACAAGGCGGCGCGAUGCGACUGCUGCAAGGUGCAGGGGAACCUGACAGAGGCAGUUCAGUGGCGGGCGGAGAUGAAGCACUUCUGUGACCAGCACUGUCUUCUGAGAUUCUACUGUCAGCAGAACCAGCCCAUCCUGGUAACCCAGAAGGGCCCGGAAAACACCAGCCUGGAGAUCGGCAUUCAAACGCAAGGAACCAAACUGGCGAUGCUGAACCAGGCUCCGGUGUCGUACGCGGCAGGCGGGGGCAUGCUGAAGGACGUGAAGAACAAGGCGGUCCUCUGCAAGCCUCUCACCCUCACCAAGGCCACCUACUGCAAGCCUCACAUGCAGAGUAAACACCUGCAGACAGAUGCAGACGAUGGCGUUAAGAGGGAGUACAUUCCGGUGCCCAUCCCUGUGCCUGUCUUCAUCCCCGUUCCCAUGAACCUCUACGCCCAGCUCACCCCCACGCCUGUCACGCUCCCUGUUCCGGUACCUGUGCCUAUCUUCCUGCCCACCACACUGGCUGGCGUGGAGCAAAUCAUCCAGACCAUUUCCGAGCUAAAGGACGAGGUGCCCUCUGACGCCUGCGAGGCAGACCUCCUCGCCAUGGCCCAUGUGAUAGCAGAAGACCAGAAACCAGCUACAGGAAGUGGUUCUCCUCAGCUUCCUGUUGUCCUUCCAUGCUCUGAAGAUGUCAAGUGUGUGAAGGUGAAGAAUGAGAGAGGAGGAGAAGGAAAGAAAGAAGGCUCCAACAGCAGCAACUGUGAGGAGCAGCAGGAGCAGCAGCAGGAGGAGCAGCAGCAGGAGGAGGAGGAGCAGCAGCAGGAGGAGGAGCAGCAGCAGGAGGAGGAGGAGCAGCAGGAGGAGGAGGAGCAGCAGAAGGAGCAGCAGGAGGAGGAGGAGCAGCAGCAGGAGGAGGAGGAGCAGCAGAAGGAGGAGGAGGAGCAGCAGGAGAAGUAUGAACCAGACCUGGACCUGGAGAAGGACUUCCCUUUAGCGUCGGGACAGCAGGCCGUGCAGGACGGCAUGAAGGAAGAGAAGGGUCCCAGUGUUCCAGCUGAAAAGGAGACCCCCGGACCCCGCCCACGGACACGGGGACUGAAGAGGCGUGCGGUCGAGGCCGAGGCGUCGACGCGGUCCCCGCCCCCUCCAGGCGGCUCGCCGGCAGCGUGCUGCUCGCUGCCCCUGAAGGCGCGCUACGGCCUCAAUGCCUGGACGCGUUGGGCGCUGGCCUCCAAGGAACCGUCUAGCAACGGCAACGGGAAGGACAACCCCAAACGAGCGCUGGCCCGGUCCAGUCUCCUCUCCCUGAGCGUCCCGGAGCUCAACCAGGCCCUGGCCCGCUUCGUCAGCGAGGUACGCCGCCCCAACGGAGAGCGCUACGCCCCCGACAGCCUCCUUUACCUCUGCCUCGGUCUCCAGCAGCACCUUCAGAACCGCGGGAGAAAGGACGACCUGUUCAGUGACCCCGGCUACCAGAGCUUUGGAGAGGAGCUCAACAAGGUCCUGAAGGCCUGGAAGCCCAGUAUACUGCCUGAUGGCUCCCGCUGGAGCCGUGUGGAGGAGCAGAGCUUGUGGAGCUGCAAGGUGUUGGGGGAGCACAGUCCCCCAGCCCUGCUGCGUUCCCUGGUCUACCUCAACACCAAGUACCUGGGCCUGCACACCCCUGAGGAACACCUGCGGCUGUCCUUCAGCAGCCUGUACGCCCCAGACCACACCGACCCCACCACACAGCAGACCUCGGUCUGCAUCCGGACGCCCUCCAGAGCCCAGGAGCACAGUCUACAAGCAGCGUCCAAGAAGAGGAAGAGAGGAGACGAGGGCGGAGCCCCGGAGAACGACCCGGACGACGCCUCGGGAAGUCCUGCCCACUGUCCCCUCAGAAAGGAAGAGUGUCAGCUGUAUGAGCUCUACCGCUCCAAGUGCCCGGAGUCUCUGAGGUCCAGUUCUGAUUUGUUCUACGUUCAACCAGAGGAGCCCUUCAGCCCGGACCGCCCCCUCUGGUUCAGCUCCGCCCCGCUGGGGCGCCGAGCCCUGGAGCUCCUCCUCCCCCGUGUGCUCCUGGUGAAGGAGGUCAGCAGAGAGACACGCCCCCCGGAGGAGGAAAGAGGGGAGGAGGAGGAGUAAUCCGUAUUCUCCAUCCCCAAUUCCAUCCUCCUCGUUUUGCCUCCCUCUCACCAACCAGUCUCCAUGGCAACAUCACCUCCCCAUCUCCAUAGCGACAUCCUUGCCCCCCCCCCCCCCCCCCCAACCAAACUGAUCUCAGGCCAGCUGUGAGCCCGCAGCGCGUGGAGGCUAGAGGGGCGAGGGAGGACAGGAGCUCAGAAGGGACAAACAGAGCUCCUGAGAACUCAACGAGGAUGAGCUGUUCUGAAUUACAGGGAAGACAAGGAAGCACCAUGGGGGGAAAAACAGACACCAUCAACUGCUGCUUUUCAGCCCAUAGGACAGACUGGUGUGAACGUUAUGUAGCAUUAAUUGCAAGGCCCAGAUCGGGCUUGUUUGAGGUGUACAUAGUUAUGGAAAUAUAGGACGUGAGGUGGGGCAGAGGUGACCUGUGGACCUCUGUAUCCACCUCAGUGUUGAGCCAUGAAGCCUUUUAAUAGAUGAUAUUUAUUUAUUGCGGUUGAUUGGUCUUGGUUCAAGUGCAUCUUCUUUUGGGUUCUGGAUCGAGCGUGCGUGUGUGUGUGCGUGCGCGCGUGCGUGUUGGAAAUGUACCGUGUGUGCCAUUUUUUCUUCCCUUCGUUCAUAGCAUUAAACUGCGCUGCAGCCCUGCUCCUGUCUCUUCUUACUGUGUGUGUGUGUGUGUGUGUGUGUGUGUGUGUGUGUGUGUGUGUGUGUGUGUGUGUG